UGAACGGUUUUCUUCUUGGGACAUGAGGUUUGUCUUCGGAUGCAUCGGCAUCCUUUUGCAUUUUUACAACCGGUUUUAAUAGACGAACUUUUGAUGGGCCAUCAUGUUUUCUAUCAAGCCACCUAGCAGUUAAUAGGCUGAUCCCCUACUCGCCCUCAUCGAACCGUAUACAAACCAUUCGCUUUGGAAAGGCUUGAUCAUUGUUCAUUCGCCGUUGUUUUUAUAGGAUUUCGAAACACCCGAUUAGACACCUCUGCGUACUUAUUCGCAUGUAUUGGGAAUUCCCGCUUAGUAGCGGUUUUCCCCACAUUUGAAUUCCGCUGGUCGUCAAGCCGGAGUAAUCGCAUUGCGACUUUGUAUCAUUUGUCUUUUGAGUCGGCAUUCACCGUUGUCAAAACCAUUUUUUCUUCACAUUCUUUUUGUGGAUCAGAUUUAACCUUACUUUAUGCCUUCAUCUCUGCCUCAGAUAAGUGCUUUUCACGUUGGUCUGUUGGUUUUUCAAGGUAAUUGCACCCCACUGCGAUGUCCUGGGAGGACAACGUUUCCAACCAGCCUCCUUUGACCGGUUCUUUCUCAAACCUCAAUAUUGAUGCUCCGGAGUUCAUUCCUGGCCAACCUUACCCAGACACGAUACUUGUACAUAGUGAAGAAUCGUUUAUUCCAACCAAUCAGGUCCGUUCUACCGAUUGGACAGAUAGUAUCGAACCCAGAGAUAUACCAACACAACCUAUGGAUCUUUCCUUGAAACCAGAGCUUUCUGUGCUACCGGAAACACGGAAGGAUACCAUCAAUCUUGUCUUCAUCGGUCACGUUGAUGCCGGGAAGUCCACUAUUGGUGGUCAUAUAUUAUACCUUACGGAUAUGGUCGAUAAGCGCACGCUGGAAAAGUAUGAACGUGAAGCGAAAGAGAAAAAUAGAGAGUCUUGGUAUCUCUCCUGGGCUUUAGACACCAACGCCGAAGAGCGCGAAAAGGGCAAAACAGUUGAAUGUGGGCGGGCAUAUUUUGAGACAGCGAAGAAGCGUUUCGUUCUUAUUGAUGCACCGGGUCACAAAUCAUUUGUUCCGAACAUGAUCACGGGAGCGGUGGUGGCAGAUUUGGCGAUCCUCGUAAUUUCGGCUCGCAGAGGAGAGUUCGAAACUGGGUUUGACAAAGGUGGCCAGACGAGAGAGCAUGCGGUUUUGGUAAAAACAGCUGGUGUGAAGCACUUAAUUGUGCUCGUCAACAAGAUGGAUGACCCUACCGUGCAGUGGGAUGAAGGUCGAUAUAUUGAAUGCAAAGAUAAGAUUAUACCGUUUUUAAGGAAGAUUGGUUUUAAUGUGAAAUCCGAAGUGUAUAUUAUGCCUUGUUCGGGUUACACAGGUUCGUUCCUCCGCGAUGUGCCAGACCCAUCUGUUUGUCCCUGGUAUCGGGGUCCCUCACUCUUGGAAUACCUGGACUCACUGCCAAGUAUUACUCGUAAAAUCCAUGGACCGCUUCGAAUACCCAUCACCGACAAGUACAAGGACAUGGGCAUCUUCGUCACAGGCAAAGUGGAAUCUGGUUCAGUGUGUCGUGGACAAUCUGCGAUUCUCAUGCCAAACAAAACAACUGUCGAAGUAGCACAGGUAUUGCGGCACAGUAGCUGAGAUGUUUUGCACUUUUGGCUAACGUGCAUAACAAUAAUAAUAAAAUGAAGAUGAUGAAACGACGGAUCUUCAAUAAACACCCGAGUGAGGCACCAGAAGACUUCUUGCUAAAAAUCAACUGGCGGACCUCAGCAGUGCUCACCCGGUGUUCCUACCAGACGUGAGCAACACUCCGCAAGCACCAGUGGUCAAAAACAACCAAGCGUUUAAAGUAUUUGCCACGAAGUGGCCAAGUCUCUGAUCCAUAUAGUAAGAUCGGUCCUACCGCAGCGUUGUACACCCUACCUUUCACUGACAGGCUGAUAUCUCGCCAUCUCCAUAGAUGAUUGAGUCUAUUGUUCAUUUGUUCUCCGAGCUUGGCGGUUUUGUCGCAAACGUUUCACCACCAUGCGAGAUGGCAUCCUCAGUGCAGUGAUAUGUGGCGUGAAUCUGAUUGAGUCUGAAAAACCACCCGGGCCUUGAUGAUACAC